CUGAAGUAAACCUGUCACCGCGGCUCAUCCUUUUUUUUUUUGGAGCCUCCACACAAACAUACCGCAGGUGUGGGGAUUUGAAUCGCGGAGCUUCUCUUCUGGGGCUUCCUUCACAUCGGACCCGACGUUUUAUGAAAAACGCCUGGAUAUGAAUUAUGAGCAUUUUCCUCACUAAUGAACCGGGCCAGUAAUGCAGGAGACCGCGGCGACUCUCUCAUCAGUGUUUCAAGAUGGCAGAUUUUUAUUGAGUUUUGAACAGAAAUCUCGCUUUAUUUUUUUGCCAUGAAUAACAGAAAUCCUUGCACCGAUGGCCCCUGUAUACGAAGGUAUGGCCUCGCAAGUGCAAGUGUUCUCCCCUCACACUCUCCAGUCAAGUGCCUUCUUUAGCGUGAAGAAACUGAAGGUGGAGCAGAGUUGUAACUGGGAUAUGACAGGGUACGGCACACACAGCAAAGUCUACAGCCACAACAGCAGUAAGAACGUGUCGGCCACCAGUGGCCCCCUGGGCAUCAACAGCUCCCUGCAGGUCGCCAGCUCCACCCUGCCCUACGAGCAGGCACUCAUCUUCCCAGCCAGCGCGGGCCACAUUGUGGUUGCCUCAGCCAGCAGCACUUCAGGGGCCGUGGGGUCUCUGCUGGGCAGCGGGGGUGGAGGCAGCAGCAGCAACAGCAGUGGUGGUGGAGGUGGCGGCGGUGGCAGUGGUGUUGGUGGCGGGGUUGGUGUUCACAACCUGACACGCCGCAGCACGGUCAGUCUCCUGGACACCUACCAGCGAUGCGGGCUUAAACGCAAGAGUGAGGAGCUUGACAACAACAGCAGUGUGCAGAUCAUCGAGGAGCACGGCCCACCGAUGAUCCAAAACGGAGCAGCCAGUGGAGCCACGGUGGCCACUGUGGCCACCGCCACCUCCACAGCGACAUCCAAAAACAGUGGCUCCAACAGUGAGGGGGAUUACCAGCUGGUGCAGCAUGAGGUGCUCUGCUCCAUGACCAACACAUAUGAAGUGCUGGAAUUCUUGGGACGAGGAACCUUUGGACAGGUGGUUAAGUGCUGGAAGAGGGGCACCAACGAGAUUGUGGCUAUCAAGAUCUUAAAAAACCACCCGUCUUAUGCGCGUCAGGGUCAGAUCGAGGUCAGCAUCCUGGCGCGUCUCAGCACGGAGAGUGCAGAUGACUACAACUUUGUGAGGGCCUACGAGUGCUUCCAGCACAAGAACCACACGUGCCUGGUAUUUGAGAUGCUGGAGCAGAACCUGUACGACUUCCUGAAGCAGAACAAGUUCAGCCCUCUGCCACUCAAAUACAUCAGACCCGUGCUACAGCAGGUGGCUACAGCGCUAAUGAAACUGAAGAGCCUGGGCCUGAUCCAUGCUGACCUGAAGCCAGAGAACAUCAUGCUUGUGGAUCCAUCUCGACAGCCCUACAGGGUCAAAGUCAUAGACUUUGGCUCAGCCAGCCAUGUGUCUAAAGCAGUCUGCUCCACUUAUCUACAGUCCAGAUACUACAGGGCUCCCGAGAUCAUCCUGGGCCUGCCGUUCUGUGAAGCCAUAGAUAUGUGGUCCCUUGGCUGUGUGAUAGCUGAACUCUUCCUGGGGUGGCCCCUAUACCCUGGAGCUUCAGAGUACGACCAGAUCCGGUACAUCUCACAGACACAGGGUCUGCCUGCAGAGUAUCUGUUGAGUGCGGGGACAAAGACAACCAGGUUCUUCAACAGAGACCCUGACUCCACCUAUCCUCUCUGGAGACUUAAGACUCCAGAGGACCACGAGGGUGAAACGGGGAUCAAGUCCAAGGAGGCUCGCAAGUACAUCUUCAACUGCUUGGAUGAUAUGGCGCAGGUGAACAUGACGUCAGAUCUGGAGGGGAGCGACAUGCUGGCAGAGAAGGCCGACAGGAGGGAGUUCAUCGACUUGUUGACCAAGAUGCUGACCAUCGACGCAGACAAGAGGAUCACCCCUAUUGAAACGCUCAACCACCCCUUUGUUACCAUGUCACAUCUCCUCGAUUUCCCACACAGCACACACGUGAAGUCAUGCUUCCAAAACAUGGAGAUCUGUAAGCGCCGUGUCAACAUGUACGACACAGUCAACCAGAGCAAGACACCCUUUAUCACCCACGUGGCCCCCAGCACCUCCACCAACCUCACCAUGACCUUCAACAACCAGCUCAACACUGUGCACAGCCAGGCCACCAACCUGGCUCCCUCCUCCACCAACAAUGCCACCCUUACCUUUGCAAGUCCUGAUGUCUCCAUACUAAACUACCAAUCUGCACUCUACCAGCCCUCCGCUGCCUCCAUGGCAGCCGUGGCCCAAAGGAGCAUGCCCCUGCAGCCGGGGGCUCCUCAGCUCUGCGCUGCCCGGCCCGACCCCUUCCAGCAGGCACUCAUCGUCUGCCCUCCUGGCUUCCAAGGACUGCAGGCAUCCCCUUCCAAGCACACCAGUUACUCUGUGCGGAUGGAGAAUGCUGUUCCCAUAGUGACGCAGGCCCCUGGUGCCCAGCCUCUGCAGAUCCAACCUGGACUUCUCACACAGCAGGCCUGGCCCAGCGGCACCCAGCAGAUCCUGCUGCCUCCAGCUUGGCAGCAGCUCACCCACACCUCAGUCCAGCAUGCCACUGUCAUCCCCGACUCCAUGAGCAGCACACAGCCUCUCGCCAACUGGAGGAAUUCCCACCCUCAUGGCAGCCAUUAUAAUCCCAUCAUGCAGCAGCCAGCCUUGUUAGCUGGCCACGUCACACUCCCAUCCAACCAGACGCUCAAUGUGGGAGUGGCACACGUUAUGAGGCAGCCAUCAACCAAAAAGAACAAACAGCACCAAAUGUCUGCGAGGAACAUGUCAGCCUAUGAGGUGUCAUCCUCACAGGCAGUGCUGUCCCCGCAGCGCUCUAAGCGGGUGAAGGAGAACACACCCCCGCGUUGCGCCGUGCUACAGAAUGGCUCGGCCUCCAACUGCCCGCCCCCGCAGCCCUGUGGGGGCGGAGGGUGGGGGGCCAGUGAGGCAGAGCAGGCUUCCAGCACCACCCGCGACCACCAGCACCAGCACCAUGUCCCCAGACAGACCAUCAUCAUCCCCGACACGCCCAGCCCUGCAGUUAGCAUCAUUACCAUCAGCAGUGACACAGAUGAGGAAGAUGACCACAAACAAAACAAUAGCUCGUCUUCUAAACAAAGAAAGAAUGUCAUCAGCUGUGUGACGGUCCACGAUUCACCCGACUCCGACUGUUCCAGCAACAACAGCCCUUACACUGUGGAGUCCAGACCUACCAACAACAACAGCUACGACACAAAGACCACCAUACUGGACAACUACAACAAUGGCAACCCACGCACCAUCAUCUUCCCCCCUCUCAAAACCCAAUCCAGUGAGGUCCCGAAUGAGUGUGAGCGCUUGAUGCCAGAUGCAAUGAACCAUCAGAAUUCAGCAUACAAGUUCAAAUCCUCCAAUGGAGUGGUGUCUGGCAAUAAUCACGUACCAGGGGGCGUGCCUGGAGGUGGGUCCUACCGACAGCAGCGCUCAGGGCCACACCCCCUCCAGCAGCAGCCUCUAAAUCUCAGCCAGGUAAGGUGGAACGUGAAAAGGGAACCUCAGGCCCAGCAGCACAUGGUAGCUGAGCGAAAUGGAGGUCAUCGGCGCCAGCAAGCCUACAUCACCCCCACCAUCGCCACUCAAGCCCCGUAUUCCUUCCAUCACAACAGCCCCUCCCACACGGGCAACGUCCACCCGCACCUAGCUGCCACACACCUACCCAGCCAGCCCCACCUUUACACCUACACAGCCCCUGCUGCUCUGGGCUCCACCGGCACCGUGGCCCACCUGGUGGCGUCACAGGGCUCAGCGCGCCAUGCAGUCCAGCACGGAAGCUACCCCCCAAGCAUCGUCCACCAGGUCCCAGUCAGCAUGGGCCACCGCGUGCUGCCCUCACCCACCCUACACCACAGCCAGUACCAGGCCCAGUUUGCCCACCAGGCCUACAUCAGCGCCUCACCCGCCUCCACUGUCUACACUGGAUACCCGCUGAGCCCCACCAAGGUCAACCAGUACCCUUACCUCUAGAGAAGACACUGACUGACACUGGAGAGCCUGACCCAGCGCUGCUGCUUUCCCCCCUCCCCACCCGCCCUGAGCCCCAUCAACAUCCUAGACAUCCUCUCCUCAACCUCAGACAUAAACAGAGACAGAGGAACAUGCAAUCCUCAUGAAACUGUCACGAAUAACUUGAAGAUAUAACGACAGAGAGAAAAAGAAAAAAAAAAGAUUCACAGCCUCUCUAGAAGGGAAUAAUGGGGGUUGAAUUUCAGAGGGGUACAGUUCAAGGUGUUUUGUUUUCAAUUUUUUUUCGCUGAAAGGGCCAGUUUUGCUUUUAUUUGUCGUUAAUAUGCUUUACUUUAUAAGGAAAGUUAUGUCUCAUUAGUUUUACAGAGGAGUUUGAAACAGGCCUUUUAGAACAGUGGAGGUUUUCUGGUUUGUUUUCUUUUAUUUACCCCUCUAAAAUUUGGGAAGUGACUGUUGAACAGGGGUUACUGACUGGAAGUUUUGAAUCCCAAGAGAAUUGGGUGAAGGUGAAAUACGGAAACCUGCUGCUCUUCAAAGAAAAAAAUAUUGAUGGCCUUGAACUGUCUUAAUAUUUCCAAAUCAUUCAUGGUGUGGGGAGAAAAAAGAGGCAACUCCCCCCACUCCACCUUCUUCAGCCGAGGAGGCUUCUGGAAAUAUAACCAACAGAAGACAAACAAACUUUUUAGUGUAUUUAUAGAUAUUUUCCUUUAUGUUUCACCUUUAUGACGAUACUUCAGUUUUAGCUAGGUGUCUUAGCUGGGCCCCGUUCUUAGAAUGUAGCAGUCUGCACCUGUUUGUUUUAAGAAGAAAACUUUUUUUUUCCUGAUACCAAUAGAUUUAUUUGUUCCUCUUUUUUCAAUGUGAUUGCACAAAGUGGUUAUAAUAACAUAGGCAUGUACAACGUGAUUGUCUGUGUGUGCUACUGUCAGCCAUGCGUGUGUAGUCCACCUCCUCAAAACCCUCUUCAGUCUUUAGGUUUUGACCAUUGUUCCCUCGUAGUGCCUUACAGAUAUAACGACACAGUUUACUUGGCUUGGAUCCUGAAAGCCACAAGAGACUAUAGCUAUACAUAGACAUUUUCCCCCCUGGUUUGACAUCCUAGUCGGGGCAGUUGUAGCUCUCUUCCAGGUGUAGGCUCAGCCCUUGCUGUUUCUUGUCCUUAAUGACAGCAUACUAUAGUUGAUGAAGAUUAAUGUCAGAGUUAAUAUCAAGCUGAGCUAUUUUAUUAUGUGUGCAUGAGAUAACUUGCCUGGGGUACUUACCAAAGUCAUAGAUAAAUUCUUGUUACAUUUGCUCUGGAUAUUAAUGUAAAUAUGAAAAUGUACAGUAUAGCUGUAGCCGUAAACCUUUUAUCACAGUGGCACCCAAAAUGUGGCUUUAGUUUGGAAUAUAUUUGUUUGGGGAUUUUAUGUCUUUUUUAUUCACACAAGGGAAUUCAUGCAUUGUGAUUACAGAGCAGAGAUAUUAGCUCAGAUUUCAUGUACAAGGAAUGAGUUACAGUACAAUGUUUAAGACACAGUAAAGGACGUUUUAAGGUUAAAAGCUAGUCCGAGAGAAGGGCCUGACAGAAAGUGAUUGUUGCAAUGAGGGUGAUUCUGUGAGGCUAGAGAUAGCCUGUAUCGAGGGUUGUUUGAGAGAGACACUGUGUAGGCACGAGUGAGGGGGCCGGUUGAAAGCAUAGGGUCAGUUUUAGGUAGGGACUGUGGAGGGCAGGGUGAAACUCUCUAUCUUAAAUGGGACUAAAAUGAUAGCAAGUUGGCACUGAGCAGGUUGAUAGUAACACUGAGCCCGGUUGGUCGGUAGGAGCCGCAGGGGCACUACCUUACCUUGAAUGCACACCAUGAAAUGUGACAUGAAUCCUUUCGUUGUUGUCAUUGUUGCUGUUGUCGUUCGUUUUUUUCCAGCAAAGAUAAUUGGAAGUUAUUUGUUGCGCUUGAGGUUUGGGUAGCAUUUCAGAGCUGCAGGAACAGAGCAGAAGGGAAACGCCACAGCAUACACCUGGAAGGGCAUCUUGUGGAAACAAGCUCGAUUUGUUGCCACUGUCCAUUUGUCUUCGAACCAGGUACACCACAGACAUCGCCACGCCAGCCGAACGGGAUACCUGAACACUUAGAGAACCAAUAGGGCUGUCGCUUUAUGUGUUUGCUGCUUGAUUUAACAGACAUCAUUUUAUUGUAGCCAAUGAUACAAAUAAUCUCCUUUGUUCAAUUGUCCUCAUGAAGUGGGCACAUUAGAACUGCUGGUGGUUUAGUGAAAGCCUUCCCCCCUCUCCUUCAUGGUAUGCCAUAGUACUUGCAUUUGAAGUGAUUUUAUUUUUUUGUUUGUUUGUUUUUUUGUUAAAUUAACAUUAUCUUGAACUUUUGACAUGGCUGUAGUACAUGUUGUGUUUAUUUUUAGAGAUUGUUGCAAUAAUUCUUGUGGAUGUUUUAUCAGAGUGUGUGUGUGUGUUUUUAUUAUAUGUCAGGCUCAUUUCUAUUUUAUAACCUGGGGAUUGAUGUACAGUAAUAUUUAGUAUUCCGUGGAGGUGGGUGAAAUUGUGUAAAGUGUUGCAACACUGCUGAUGAUAGUAAGUGUUGAGGUGAUGAUAAUCCAAUGGGGCCCUCAUAGUUAGAUAGCCCAGCUUGAGGAUGCCACACCCAGGUUUGAAAUCCAACAAUCUCUUAAAAGACAUCUCUUGAUGGGCCCCUGAGUGGUCUUUCAUCCUGGUACUUGUUUUCCCCAAAACUCUCCACUCCCCAUCAGCUCCAGCAUGCAAGCCUUGGGUCCAGGCAGUUAAAGAUGUGAUUACAUAGUACGUUGCUGGUUACGUCAUUCUUCUCUGUUCUGUUGUUGUUGUUUUUUUAUUUUCUAUUAUCGACUUAAUUUACUCUUGGUCACCGGGGCCUAAGCACACAUGCAUAAGGGAGAUGAUUUUCCAUUGAAAUCUUUUAGCUCCUCUGUUACGAGGCAGACUACUGAAACAUUCCACUGUUUGAGGGAAUUUGGCAUUACCCAUGCUAGACUGCUGUCCUGUCCCCUCUCUUGUUACCACGGGGACAGCGUCAUCACACUCGGACUUUUUUUCGCUCCUCCCACCAAAGACUUCAACAGAUAGACCAUGUACAGCACAGCACAGUACAGUACAAGCAAUCCUCCACAGCAUUGCUAGAGCAGACAGGCAAUAACCUCUGGUUUCAUCGUUAAAUGCUUUACAAGUGCUUUUAAUGACACGUUGCUUUACCCACAAGCGAAUGCAUGUGUGUAUACAAUGUACAAGUACACAGGGAGGAUUUAACAUACUUAAGUCAUACAGCACAGUCAUUCAUUUGUUUAGAGUUGCCACAGUGUUUCUGGACAUUCAACUAUGAGAAAAGCUGCAGUCUGUUUUUAUGCUUUUUCUUUUUUUUCUUUUCAUUAUUCCUCACACUUGGCCCCCAAUUUGUUUUACAUUAGGGUGCCAUUUAAUAGAAUGAACUGUAAAAAUGAAUUAAUUAAAAAAUGUACCAACAAUACCUUUAAAACCACGGUCACCUGCACAAAAUGAAUGUAAUACGUGACCUGCGACAUCUGAAAUGGCUUUAGAUCUUUCACAGUGGGUGACCUUUAAUUUAAUUUCUACACCAUUUGUGGCCAUGCAUGAUGCAAUAAUUAUACAUCUGAUCUCCAGCAAAAUCCCAUGUGAGAGAAAUAAUGUAAAAUUACCACUAUCCUCAUGAUUAGGAGAGGUUCUAUAUUUUCUCUAAGGAAAUACCCAAUUAUGAGAAGCCCUGUGUGCUCAACAUUGUGGAAAAUAACUUAAUGUGUAUGAUACCUUUGUCUAUCACUCUGUUUCACAUAGCCAAUGUUUUGUGUUUUAUAAAAAAAAAGGGGGAAUCAGAAAUGUGAGCAUUAAUGUAGAUCGAGUGACCUUACAAUUACCAAAAUGUGCUUAAGUAGAGUGUAAAGAUGUUUUGUGUUGUUGAGGUGAGCGUAGCCUUCCCAGCUAGCGACUUUAUUGUUAGAGUACUGCCUUCCAAAUAACCAACAAUACCUCCAAAGCUUUAAGGCGUCAUUUUAAUUAGAGAAAACUAUAUAAGGCAGCAUCUCACUCUCUAUGAAGCCUGGCAUUCUCCUUACCUGGCAUUAAAUACACUCAAACUUCCAACUCCAACUUGCUCGUGGUGUUAUCGUGAAUACUUCUCCUCCUAAUGGAGCUUUGGAAACACUGAGAAACAUUCCUGAGAGUAUGGCACACAGUGCUACAUUAGUCUUCUUCGGACAAACUCUUCUAAGGUGACUUGAAGCUUAGCCAGAAGUGAACAGAUAACCUGCAACAUCAAGCCACACGCUCAUAUAAAUCAUUAGAAAAAGUCGCAGCUGCUUCCCAAAGUACAAAGGGGUUAGGAACAGGUGUUAGGUGGAAUAAUCAUGCGCUGAUGUACUUUCUGUCACCUGGAAAUUCAUAAUCGAGCUACACGAACAUUCUUAAAGCCCUUUUGGAUGAGAGUGGUUGUUUUUAUUCUUAUUUUUUAAACCUUUGUUAAGGAGAUCUGCUCCUUUGCUGGCUAUUCCUUGGGGGUAUUCAGGGUGAGGUGGUCAAGGUUUGAUGCCAUCACUGAUAGAGAGAGUCAGGUGAUUGCAACAAGUGAAUUUACCAAAACGGAUUCAAAUUUGAUUGUUUUCCAUCUCUCUAAAACCAGGCAAGAAUACAGAAAGAUUUCUACCAGCUGAUUUUCCUAAUUUGGGGUUGUACAAUCGUUUUAGUCUAAUUUAUAUGAUGGAAAUUGUAGCUUUUCCCAUCUACUUUCAGAAUGAUUUCUAGCCAAAAAAUAGUGAUAUUUGUAGUGUUAAUAUAUGGAAUCUGAAGAUGGUAGACCAAAGCUGCAUUCAAAGUCAGAUUUGCUUGUUAACACUACAAAAACAUGAAGCUAGAAGACAUGUAAAAGUCACAUUUGAAAAGUGACAUAAUUCAUUUUUGGUACAUCCUCAAAAUGACAUUUGUAAAUCAGUGCAGCUCAACUUCUGAAAUAGCUACUUGCACAACAAGAUUUAUGCAAGUAAUAACAUCUAUUCAUUUACAUUUUCUUAAGACCUAAGAGUGCAUCAAACCCUGACCCCCCUUUUGUGUCCAUUGCUGUAUGGUUUCUCAAUGGUAUAAAAUCUCAUUCUUUGUCGAUAAAGCUAAUGUGUGCUGCAGUAUUUCCUAGUAUACUUCUUGGUUAAUUGUCUUUUCUUAUUUACUUUUUGUUUAUUGGGGUGUGAUGUCUCAUUAUUUCAAUCUGUUGAUGUAGCGUUCUAUGUAUACCCUGCUCCUUAGCCUAAUAUUAUUAAGUAUGUUAUGAGAAUGGAUAUUUUACUGGCUUUAUAGAAUGUUUAAAUAAAUAUAAUAAUGACAAUAAGAAGAAGGAUUAAUUAAACCUCCUAACAAGUUGAGUACUUGCUACUAAGCGCUUGUGUUACCAUUAUGAUGUUGUGUGCUUCUCUUAAUCAUUUUCGUUGUAGAAAAAUGGAGUGAAUUUAUAUUAGGCUUCGAAAAAACUAAUGAUAGCAUUGUAAAUUUACAGGAGGAUUUUAACAGACAAACAGCUUCGUCAAAUAGAAGAAUAUAGUUAUUUUAAUUGUCCUCUUUACUAACUGUAGGGUGAGAAGGGGCUCGCGUUGUGGUGAACUAUGUUAUAGCUUGUUAUUCACUGUUACUUUUGAUCAUUUUUUCGGUCUCCGAGGUGAAUCGAGUUAUUAAUGAGAAUUUGUAUGCUCACAUAUGCAUAUUGUAUAUGUGUAGAAAUGUAAUCACACUUUGUCUUGGAUUUACAUUAAACUGUUAAGUCACAG